UCGGCGCAGAUUGUGCCGCGUAGGGGCGACAACAGGGCGGUGUGGGAAUCUUAAAGCUACCUCCAAAUUAAGUGUGAUUCUUGAUUUCCAUGUAGUGCACUGCACUAUCUUCAAUGGAGAUGUAUCAAAAUCGAUCAGAAAUGUGAAUUAUUAAUAGAACCUACCGAGUUAUAUUUCUUGACCAUUUUGUUUGAAUUUUCCUGAUAUUGAAAACAAAAAAAUAAAAGCUUGAAGUGGGCAGUCUUUUGCCCUUUUCCUAUAAGCAAUCAACAUAAGAUAGAUUUGAUCAUUUGAAACAUAUAUUGGGUCUUUUUCUCACCAUUUGACCUCUUUGAGAAUUGUGGUUACCUAAUCAUAUCUUUAAGAUAGUAUCAGACAGAGCAUGUUAUGAGUUGGAUUGCUGCUACGACUCUUGUAGCUAUCCUUUUCAUGUCCGGCACAAUAGAAGAUGAUAAAAUUGGAUCUAUAUGGCACAUACAUUUAGGAAUACCUUAGAAUUGGAUCUUUUUAUCACAUACAUUUAGGUCAGGUUAGGAAUAGCUUAAUGAGAAUUAGGAGAGAUAUAGAAUUGAAAACAGGUAUCUAAAUGGAGUUUAAUAAGUUGGUUAGUCAAAUUUGGUAGGCUCUGUUCAUUUGUCAUUCCUAUCCACAUGUGGAAUUGAACACCAGAUUGAAGGGAUUAAUCCAAACGCACUAAAUUCCAAAGAGAAGACAAGUUUUGCAGGAAUUGAAGCCUUGAGUUGAUAUAAUUCAGGUCUGGUACAUUAUAACUACAACUAGAAGCAUAGUACUUCUGUCAUAUGUGAAUAAUAAUAAUAAUGCAAUCCAUUUGUUUAUCCUCAACUUGCACUCACAAAGUGGCUCAUCUAGUUGGCUGAUUCCCUUGUGAUCCUUUGACUUAAUUAGUCAUCAUUACAGAAAACCCCAUUAUGGAUGAUGGAUAAAUGACAAGAAUAGUAUUCUUUAUUAAGAAAAGAGAUCAUUAUUUUUCUUUUGAUAGAAUAGAAGAGGUGGCCAUCAUCUAACCAAUGGCUUCCAUUGAUGAGUGAAAGGUUGACUUCAGAGAGGUGGGGAGGGAGAUCCAUCGAUUGGACUUCCUGUGCUUUCAUUGCCAAGUUGUGUGUGCUUGAGAUGAUGGCAUGUUGUUACGGACAGCCUUGACUCCCUGCCCGAUUCGUGUAUCCUAAUCCUUUUACCGGAUGUACUAAUUACGAGGGGAGAUGAUAGGAAGCAUGACAGCAACACAGGGCAAGGAAGAGCCUCUUCUACGUCCCCUGUUAAUUCCAUCCUCCGGAGGACGCAGCGUCCAUGGUGAAGGAAGGACGAGAAGGGGCAGCGCCAGUGCUGGGGAAGUACGAGCUUGGGAGGACGCUGGGAGAGGGCAACUUCGGCAAGGUGAAGCACGCCAGGCACGUGGAGACCGGGGAAACCUUCGCCGUCAAGAUCCUCGACCGCAAGCGCAUCCUUUCCCUGAAGGUCGACGACCAGAUCAAGCGGGAGAUUGCCACCUUGAAGCUGCUGAAGCAUCCCAACGUCGUCCGCUUACAUGAGGUAUCAGCAAGCAAAACCAAGAUUUACAUGGUCCUGGAGUUCGUUAAUGGUGGCGAGUUGUUCGACAAAAUUUUGAAGGGAAAGCUUUCAGAGGAAGAAGGAAGGAGGCUUUUCCAGCAGUUGAUUGAUGCUGUCAGCUACUGCCAUGAUAAGGGUGUUUACCACAGGGAUUUGAAGCCAGAAAAUGUGCUUGUAGAUGCAAAAGGAGACAUAAAGAUUUCAGAUUUUGGCCUCAGUGCUUUACCUCAGCAUCUUGGGAAUGAUGGUUUGUUGCACACAACAUGUGGAAGCCCAAACUACAUUGCUCCUGAGGUCCUCUCCAAUCGAGGUUACGAUGGCUCGAGGUCAGAUAUCUGGUCUUGUGGUGUCAUCCUCUAUGUCAUCCUCACUGGCUUUCUCCCUUUCGAUGACCGGAAUCUCGCUGUUCUUUAUCAGAAGAUCUCGAAGGGAGAAACCGAGAUCCCCAAGUGGCUCUCUCCUGGCGCUCAAAACAUUUUGAAAAGAAUUCUUGAUCCAAAUCCUAUAAUGCGAAUAAAUAUGGCGGGAAUCAAAGCAGAUGACUGGUUCAAGCAAGAUUAUGCACCUAUUGUUCCAAAUGAUGAUGACGACGACAAAGAUGUAGAUAGUCUUUAUGCUUCUCUUUGCAUUAAAGAGCAUAAUGUGCCAGAUGAAGAUAGAACUUCAUCUAGUCAUAUCAAUGCAUUUCAGCUGAUUGGAAUGUCUUCAUCACUUGACCUUUCUGGAUUCUUUGAGAACGAGGAUGUAUCCGAAAGGAAAAUUAGGUUCACAUCGAACCAUGCGCCAAAACAUCUGUUCAACAAGAUUGAGGACAUUGCUACAGAAAUGGGGCUUCAGGCUCACAGGGGACCUGGCAAAUUGAAAGUUACCCAGAAGCACGACCCAAAGAGCCCCGGGAGCACUGGCUCACUCUCUGUUGCUGCAGAGGUGUUUGAGCUGAGUCCAUCUUUGUAUGUUGUGGAACUGAGGAAGUCACAAGGUGAUUCUUCAUUGUACAGAAAGAUGUGUGCAAAGCUAUCAGAGAAUUUGGGUGACUGUUAGGGACAACAGCAGCUUUAGGAGGCCAAGAUGUCAGCAGCCAUGAAGAGGAGGUGCCUCCUGCUGUGUUGUAACCCAAUGAGGCUUUGUAGCAUUAGGUGCAGGAAUGUAUGCUUGGAAUAACUGAAAAAGUGUAGAUAAGAAAGCAUCCUUGGAGGAUGUUGUGAUGGGCUUGUGUUGGAUACGGUGAGUAUGAUUUUCUUUUUUCCCUCUCUCUUCUUUUUAGCAUUAAUUGUUAUCCUCCGCAAAGAGGGGAAGAGUUCGCAUAAAAAAUUGUUUGUAUUAUGCUCCUCGAUAGCGAGGAGAUUCAUUCAUAUAUGUGACGACCAAAGCAACAGUUAAGUGUGCUAA